GCAGUAACAUAUGACGCUUAUCGAUAACACUUGUUAGUUUGUCUGAUUUACUUUAGUGUUGUAGUGCAGAAUUAGUUGCAGACUAAUUAUGGGGAUAACUACCGCAGCAUUGCGCUCCCAGCUAAUGGGCCUGACCAACUUUAUUGGUACACACAAGGACCAGGCGGACAAAUACCGCCAGCUGCUGAAGAGUGUGCUCUCCAACACCGGCAACGAUUUGAUCGAUACGCUGAAGCUCUUUGUCGAGGCGAUUGUUAACGAACAUGUUAGUCUGGUGAUUGCUCGUCAGAUCCUCAACGAUGUUGGAGUUGAGUUGAGCAAACUGCCCGACGACAUGUCCAAGCAGCUGUCCCACUUUACACUGGAGCGUGUGCAUCCACGCGUUAUCUCGUUCGAGGAGCAGGUGGCCGGCAUUCGUUUCCAUUUGGCCAACAUCUAUGAGCGUAACCAACAGUGGCGCGAUGCGGCCACAGUGCUGGUGGGUAUUCCCCUCGAGACGGGCCAGAAACAGUACUCAGUGGAGUGCAAGCUGGGCACUUACUUGAAAAUAGCGCGUCUCUAUCUAGAGGACAAUGAUUCGGUGCAGGCGGAGCUGUUCAUCAAUCGUGCCUCGUUGCUGCAGGCCGAGACCAAUUCGGAGGAGUUGCAGGUUCUUUACAAAGUGUGCUACGCUCGCGUUCUGGAUUAUCGUCGCAAAUUCAUUGAGGCUGCCCAACGAUACAACGAACUCUCCUACCGCAAAAUCGUCGAUCAGGGUGAACGCAUGACGGCCUUGAAGAAGGCACUAAUCUGCACAGUGCUGGCCUCGGCUGGACAGCAGCGAUCUCGCAUGCUGGCCACGCUCUUCAAGGACGAACGUUGUCAGCAUUUGCCGGCCUAUGCCAUACUCGAGAAAAUGUAUCUGGAGCGCAUUAUUCGUCGUUCCGAAUUGCAAGAGUUCGAGGCGCUGCUGCAGGAGCAUCAAAAAGCUGCCACACCCGAUGGUUCAUCCAUACUCGAUCGUGCUGUCUUCGAGCACAAUUUGCUGUCCGCCAGCAAGUUGUACAAUAACAUCACAUUUGAGGAGUUGGGUGCAUUGCUGGACAUUCCCGCUGCCAAGGCGGAGAAGAUUGCCUCGCAAAUGAUAACGGAGGGACGUAUGAAUGGGCACAUUGAUCAGAUCUCGGGCAUUGUGCACUUUGAGAACCGUGAACUGCUGCCCCAAUGGGAUCGACAAAUCCAAUCGUUGUGCUAUCAAGUGAAUUCCAUCAUUGAGAAGAUUGGCAUCGCCGAGCCUGAGUGGCUUGAUAGCCAGAAUUAAUCGUACUCUCUAUCAUCGUAAAUUUAAUAUUAAACUGCUGCUGGUUUUACAUUUAAUUAAUUUGCUCCACAUGUAAAUUUCAUUUUUGGAUUUAAGAAAUAAAACGCUCUGAUCCCAUGGAUCAUGCAAACAACAACAAAACAGCAUAUCGAAUAUAAAUUCCAUUUUUAUGAAACAUGUACAUAUAUUCACAAUAUUCUAUUAGUAUAUAUUAUUUUUAUAUACAUGCGCAUAUGAUUCAAUUCACAAAAAAUUCUGUCUUGUGUGUAUAAACAAUUUCAAGUCUUAGUCAACUAGCGGAAAGAUUUGCUUUUGUAUACAAUACAAAUACAAAGAAAGUGUAUAUUAUAUAUAAAUAUAUAUAGCAUAUAUAUGUUUGUAUGUAUAUAUUUUUCUUUUUUUUUUGUUAAUAUCGAUACGACAAUUGCGCGUAUUACCAAAAUAACUGGAGGACACUUUGUUCUACCCACGCCAAUGCUGUGUCUGCUUUCCAACUAAAUAAAAACUAUUACAAUAGUUAUAUAUAGUAUGUAUAGUAUAUAUGUAUGUAUAUAAAGGCUAAUUAUAUUUAAACAAUUCAACUAAACAAAA